AAAGCUCAAAACUGGUCCGAUGGAAAUGAAAUGUCAGACUUUUGAUUCGGAUUUUACACAGGCACACCAUGCUAUUUGACAUUUUUUUCUAACCAAUGCAAAGAGUAAUUUUUUUGUUGUUGGUUGAUUCACACACAGUUGCCAUUCAUAUUGCAUAAAUUGUUGACGAUAGUUUCCACUUAAAAUCGGCACGAUUCAAGUGUUUUUCACAACAAUGUUUCAUUUGAAACGGGCCAUACGACCAUUUCAAUUGUGUUAUGCUCACAUUAACCGAGCACGAACAGUUACAACAUGGUCACAUUUGGCAAAUCAUUUUAAUUCCAAACCUGAAGAUGAUCGAUGGAAUUUUUUGAAAUGUGAACGUACAGGUCUUCUGGAUUUUCCGGAAUUACAUUCGCACGAAGGUUUCUAUUUACUGCAAGAAAAUGUUACAAAUCGUUGCAGUGAGCUUGUCGACGAAAUUAUUUCGCCGAACCGACAACGGAAAAUGGUCGAAGUAUUCGAUGAAUUGUCGAAUACAUUGUGCAAAGUGGCCGAUAUGACUGAAUUCAUUCGAUAUGCACAUCCAUCAUCAAAAUUUAGGAAUGCAGCCGAAGAAGCAUGCUUUGAAAUUUGUAAAAUUGUUGAAAAACUCAAUACGCAUAAAGGACUUUAUGAAACACUAAAACGAGUCUCAGUAAAUGGUGAUCAUUUACCAAUGGAUGCACUUGAUAAGGAUGUUGUCGACUUAUUUCUAUAUGAUUUUGAACAGAGUGGCAUUCAUUUGGACGAACAGGCGCGUAAAAGUGUUGUAUAUUUAAAUGAUUGCAUCUUACGAAUCGGACAACGUUUCUUGGCUGGCGCCCUGAAACCGAGAACUGUUUCAGGAAAAUCAUUGCCUGAUAAUGUUAAAAAAUAUUUUACCGCCGACGGUGAUAAUUACCUUGUUUCAAGUUUAUAUGCCGAUUCUGGAAAUGCAUUAGCGCGAGAGAUGGCAUACCGAUUGUAUUUGUAUCCAGAUGAACGGCAGCAAUACCUACUAACCGAAUUGUUGAAUCAUCGGCAUGCAUUGGCCACGGUUUGUGGAUUUCCGACAUAUGCACAUCGAGCGGUGAACAAUAGUACCAUCGCAAAUCCUGAAUUAGCUAUGGAUUUCUUGAAUGUUUUGACCAAUAAACUAAGGCCAUACGCGGAAGCUGAUUAUUGCACCAUGACAAAAAUGAAACAAUCCGAAUUGGGUGGUAAUAGUGUGUUGGGGGCAUGGGAUACCGCAUAUUAUACGGGCAAAUAUAAAAAAGACUUUUUAAAAGUAUCAUCGUCAGAGUUUGCGCCAUAUUUUAGUUUGGGCGCAUGUAUGGAAGGAAUAAAUAAUGUGGUGAAGGCGUUGUAUGGCGUUUACUUUGAAUAUGAGCACAUACGAAACGGUGAAUCGUGGGCAGAUAACAUUUAUAAAUUGGCUGUGAAACAUGAGACGGAGGGAUUUUUAGGGCAUAUUUAUUGCGAUUUUUAUGAUCGUCCAAAGAAACCUCAUCAAGAUUGCCAUUUCACAUUACGCGGUGGUAAGAGUCUACCAGAUGGAAGUUAUCAGAGUCCAAUCGUAGUAGUUACAUUAAAUUUAAAUGCACCACGGUGGUCGGGUCCAACCCUGUUAACACCACCUAUGGUUGAUAAUCUCUUUCACGAAAUGGGUCAUGCGAUGCAUGCAAUGCUUGCACGUACAAAAUACCAACAUAUCUCUGGAACGAGAUGCCACACCGAUUUUGCCGAAGUGCCGUCCGUGUUAAUGGAAUAUUUUGCCAGUGAUCCGCGUGUUUUACGAACAUUUGCCCGCCACUUUCAAACGCAUGAACCAAUGCCCGAAUCGUUAAUGAAUCGAUUGUGCAUUUCAAAGCAUUUAUUUUCGGCAUCGGAAACUCAAGUGCAAGUAUUUUACUCAGCAUUGGAUCAAGUAUAUCAUGGAGUGCCAAAGGUUGAUGAAACUACUACAACGACAGAUAUUUUACGGCAGGUUCAUCAGCAAUAUCAUAGCAUACCAUAUGUCGACAAUACGGCUUGGCAACUACGAUUCUCGCAUUUAGUUGGUUACGGUGCAAAAUACUAUGCAUACUUGAUAUCACGUGCAAUAGCCGCAUCAAUUUGGAGUAAUUACUUUGAAAAUGAUCCAUUUAGUCGUACGGAAGGUGAACGUUUUCGCCGUGAGUGCUUGGCACACGGUGGUGGAGUUCCCUGUAAAAUUUUAGCAAAAAAUUUCCUACAACAUGAUAUCACAUCGGAGUAUUUGGCUCAAGGUUUAAUCGAUGACAUCGAACAAACGAAUGAGAAAAUUCGAAAAUUCGGUGCUGAAAUCGGUUAUAAGCACAAGUGAUUUAGUUAAUUUAAGUUACAAAUUUCUUUAUUAACAUUUUAGUUAACAAUUGUUUUCCGAAUAAAAUUUGACAUUGAACAUUUGAAAA